CGCUCACUCCUCCAGACGCCGACAUGCUGCUGAGCUGCUGCAUCGCUGCGCUGCUGCUGCUGCCGGCCGGGACUCGACCUCAGAGCGGAGACGGGGCCGUGGAGCCCAGAAUCCGCUGCAGCUCUCACCUCCUGACAACAGGAAGCAGUCUGAGCUGCAAGCUGGUGGGAGGCUGGAGCGACGACGAGGACGACGAGGACGAAGAUGGCGAGGCUGACGCCGUGGUCAACAUGGCGGUGUGCUUCUACGACUUCAAUCAGAAUGAAGCAAAGUGUUUGGAGGCGUCGGGGGACACCGUCACACACCUGAAUCCUGUGUUCCACUUCAACGUGACCGUCCACCUGAAGACAGGAGGCCGGGUGACCGCCACGGUCGACCUGAAGACGAUAGUUCGGCCCAGAAGUCCUCAGGUGAACAACGUGAGUUUCGACCAGGUGGCUCAGCGGGCUGUGAUCCGGUUUCAGACUCCGUACUCCAACGAGUACAUUAAAGUCGACAACCAGCUCUUCCAGCUGCACAUCUGGACCGCCGGCAGCUCCAUCACUCAGAACGUGUCAGCGGACACCUCCCUGGAGGUCGGCAUGGAGCUCCUCCAGCAGCAUGCCGAGUACCACGUGAAGGUGCGAGCGAUCCCUGAACACGGGCUGCAGGGUUCCUGGAGCGAGUGGAGUGAAACGUUCACUUUCUUCACUCCGGCUGACCUCCAGAAAAAGACGGAUGAAAGACGAGAGACCAACAAACUCAUCGUGGUUCUCCUCAUUUUGGUGGCGGUGCCUUCGAGUGUCAUUUUCUUCUGCAAAAACAAAAUAUUUUCGUACAUGUGGCCGAGCAUCCCCCACCCCAAACACACACUGGUGCACAUCUGCAAGACCAACAAAGGCCUGUUAUUAAACUUCAAGCCGGAGGAGUUCAACGCUCUCAAAGUGGAGAAAACGGAGGAAAUGAAGCCUCCGAUCGCUGCUGAGGCUGCUGGCUCCACCCAGUCCACUCCUUCCUGCUCCACCCAGUUCACCCAGUCCACUCCUUCCUGCUCCACCCAGUCCACCCAGUUCACUCCUUCCUGCUCCACCCAGUCCACCCAGUCCACUCCUUCCUGCUCCACCCAGUCCACCCAGUUCACUCCUUCCUGCUCCACCCAGUCCACCCAGUCCACUCCUUCCUGCUCAACCCAGUCCACCCAGUCCACUCCUUCCUGCUCCACCCAGUCCACCCAGUCCACUCCUUCCUGCUCCACCCAGUCCACCCAGUUCACUCCUUCCUGCUCCACCCAGUCCACCCAGUCCACUCCUUCCUGCUCAACCCAGUCCACCCAGUUCACUCCUUCCUGCUCAACCCAGUCCACCCAGUCCACUCCUUCCUGCUCCACCCAGAGCUCCGCUAGCGUCAGCACGGAGAGCUCCACCCUGCUGAGCAGGAGGUCCUCCGACGGAGAGGACAGCCUCCAGAGCUCCGGUCCAUCCCCCGUCGAGGGCCUCUGGCUCGGGGGGAGAGCCCGCACUCCUCGGCCUGAAUGCAGCAGUGGAGCGAACGAGGCCGAGGCUUAUGUCACCAUGUCCAGUUUCUGUCAGAUCAAGUAGGUCGCAGGAGGAGCCGUUCAUUGUGUUCAUCAAGCGUACAUUCAGAACAGGGAGGUCAUGACCUCACAUGAACUUUUUUACCUGGAGAUUCCUUUCAAAAUAUGCGCAGCAGAAAUGUGGUAAAUAUCUUUUAUUAUUAUGUCUGCAAGUCAAAGUGGAGCAUUUUGACUUGAGACCAGAAUGUAACAUGUAGCCGUUUGCUAAUUAUGGGCUAGAGGUUUUGAAAUGUAGCUCGUUGUGUAUUCUGUGGCUUUUAAUGCGAUACGAUUAUAGCACGUAUAUUUCCAUCAUACUCAUACUUUGUAUACUGACACACCUCCUCAUGGUGUUGCUGGAGGAACCUCAGGAGACCAAACCAGAGUUCCUGCACGUUCUACUACGAAUCACAGAAAACCACCUCCCAGACAGCCUGGAAGGUCACGUACAGGAAGCUUCUGAUUCAGAUGGGUGACAAAUAAAAGUUCAUCAACAUCUGAA